UACGAAGCUUCUGCCGUCAGCUUCAUCAGUUUCGAUUGAGAAGUUGAAGCAUAAUAUACUAAGUGUAUAAUCAUGAAAGUCUGCGCUCUCGUUGUCCUCCUAGUCUGCUGCAUUGCCCAGAAUGCUUCAGCCGACUGGAGAAGCGAUGUCAAAAUCAGCCACUAUGAACACAUCAACUCGAUAGUCAACGACACUUUGCGUCGCAUCCCGAAUGAUAGCCCAGCGAAUAAGCGGUGCUACGAAGAAGCUCGCCAGACGCUGAGGACUGCCAGCUUCAACGGUUACAGCAAGGUGGACGCGUGUGUCAGAGAAGCCAGCACCGCUGGCAACGCCAACGUCUGCGCCCAGAAAGUUGACACCGAGGUCUUCAACGUCUCUCUCGAAGUUAGCAGGGCCGCCAGGGCUUGCGUCGCAAACCCCUAAGGCGUUUAUACGGAAAUAGAGAGCUUUCGAUGUUCGUGUUGACGUACGCUGUAUGAUUUUUAUUUAACGCGAAUUAAAUUGUGUAUCUUAAGCGUUUAACCUUACAUUAGCGCGUUUCUAACUUUGUCUGGGCUUUUAGCCGAUUAUAUGCGCAAAAACUCUUGAAAAACACGAAUUUUUCCGGGACUGCUGAAUCUGGUCAAAACAAAAUCUACCUAGGCAGACGUUACUACGAAUUAACUGCGCAGCCAGACAUUAUGACGCAUUUUCUACAUGUAUGUUUUUGGCUAAGAAAAUAAACAACAUAUUCUGUUCUUUACUUUUUA